AUGUUAUUUUUUAAAAAUGCUACAAGAUGUUGUUUUUACACCAAAAUCUAUGAAAAUAUAAAAAUUGUGAAGCGAGUGAAGUUGGAGGCGAGGGCCUCCCGUCCUGAUGGAGGGGGAAGUUCGAAGUUUCGGCCAACUGAUCCAGAACAGUCGUGUGCCCCGGGGAAGGAACAGACGAAAGAGUGGAAUCCCUCCUGGAAGGACGUCAAGAAGGAAAAAAGUAAACAGUUUUACAAACAUGUGUAUGAAAAAAUAAAACAGAAGAAUGUUAAGUUGGGGUAUCAUGAGGAGGGUUCUUCAGAUCACUUCAUUGAUAGAGGAGAGCCAGGAGAAGGCGCCCCCUUAGAGGAAGAUCCGCAGGAUGCAAAUGGAAAAGAAGUCCCCAGGGAAAGCCACCCCCCGUUUAGUGAACCCCCGAGUGAAGACAAAACAGGCGUAUCGGAGAAAUGGCCCCAAAAGGGAGACACAAAUUGGAAAGAAAAAGUACCGGCACGAUUAACCCUCCAACGGGGCAUUCAAAGUGGGAAAGGUAAAAGCAUCAUGGGGGAAAAAUAUCUAAAGGUGAAAAAUAACUAUUUAAAAAGUAAGGAUGUGUAUUUGAAGGUUAAGGAUGGGUAUGUGAGUGGGUACAGUAAAGGCGGUAGGGAUCGGCAAGGGGAAGGUUCACCCGGAAAGGGGAAUGCAAUUUUGGUAAAACCUCCCUUGCGUUCCAGGGGAUCUAAAUCAAAGGAGGAAAAAUUGGAAGGAGGACCAGAAGGGAGAAUGGCCCAUGAGUAUCGAGAAGGAGAUUCACUGGACGGCAUGUCAAACAGAACAGAAGAAGGGAUGGAAACGAAAAGGGUUAGUAAGAACGAAGGGGAAAAUGGAAAACAUACAAAUAAACAGCUGCCUUACCUCCCCUAUAAUGAUAAAAGUAAGUUACUGAAACAUUCACCAAAUGGGAAAGACAAUAAGGAGAACAUUCCUUUUGACCCCAAAUUGGAAAAGGCAAAAAAUGUGAAGGGAGAAUCCCAAGCAGAUGCCGAAGUAGCGGAUAAAAAUUACAUCGAUGUGGAAUAUGAACAAUAUUGGGAUGGAGAAAGGAUAAAAAAAGUUUUAGAGCUACAAAAAAAUAGGGAGAAAAAUUUUAAAAAUAAAUUAUUCAAAGGAGUGUUAUGUGUAUCCCCUUAUGAUACGAGCAAGUGUGUUGUGAUUAGUGAAGAUGAUCCUUUGGGUUCUUUGAAAAAGGACGUUUUUACCAUUUAUGGCUAUAUUAGCCGGAACAGGGCACUGAACGAUGAUGUAGUGUAUGCCUAUACGGCUCGAAGAAAAAUCAAACGAUCUGGAGAUUUGGAAAAUGAGGAGGAGAUUCUAGAAACGAGUCAAGAGGGUACCAUCUCGAUGAGCGAAAAGGAGGAAGAAAAAACGGAACAUUUUUGCAGAGUUGUUAACAUCGUUGAACGGAAGAAUGCUCCAAUUGUGUGCACCAUGAAUUAUUUAAAUAUUAACAAAAGCAUAAACAACACCUUUGGCAGGAAGGACGCACCACAGUUGAGGAGUGAAAAUUUGUUAAGCAAUCCUCCCAAUGUAAAAACGCCCAACAAGGAAGGAAGUAACAUGGUGUAUGAUCCUAAAGAUGAUGAAUCUCCCCCCAGGAAGACACGGAAAAGAGGGCAUAGAGAAAGCACCCCCUUGUGCGCCAAGGUACAACCCGUUGACCCUAGAUUACCUUGCUUCAUAUACGAUGGAUCCAGUAGCAUGUUAAACAGAUUGUUACACUAUUUGAAGAGGAAAAAAAUAAAUUUGUACCUCCUGGUGAAGUUUAAAAAAUGGGACACACACCAGAUCAAUCCAUAUGGAAGUAUUACUACCAUUUUAGGAAAUGAAAAAAACUUUUUAGGAGUCAUUUAUUUUUUUAUCCAUUUUUACAAAAUAAAUUUUCACAUUUAUGAGAGGAGUGAUAUGUCUUAUUUGAGGAGCAAGAUGGAGGUGGGCGACAAAGUCCUGACAGCUUUGGCCAACCGGCAGUCUGCUGCGUCGACAGCGAAGGGUGGGGCAAGCGAUGGGAAGGGGGAAGUAGUAGACCGAGGAAGGGAAACCCCACGUGUCCUGGAUCACCAGCUCAAAAUGGCCUACUUGAAAAAUAUGCAAGAAAAUAAUAAGUGUAUCGAAAAGUACAUGUUAAAAAGCUUCCUUAAAAAUAGGGAAAUUAUUACCGACCUGGAUAUAUUUACCAUAGACCCUCCUACUGCAAAGGAUCUGGAUGACGCUCUGUCCAUCGAAUUUGUCGGCAGUGACACGAAUGCUGUGAAUGAUUUUGAGUACCGAAUAGGGGUGCACAUUUCUGACGUCUCCUUUUUUGUCACCCCCGAUUCAUACUACGAUAGGGUGGCCUCCAAAAUGUGCAACACGAUAUACAUGGACCUAAUGGUCAUCCACAUGCUCCCCUCCAUUUUGAGCGAAGAAAUCUGUUCCCUGAACACCCAGGGGGAGAAGCUGUCCUUUUCCGUCUUUUUCCGACUGAGCAGUCAGGCGAAUCCGUACGACGUCGCGAAGGGGGAGAUCAGACAAUGUGACGAAAAAGAAAAAAGCAACAAAUGCGACAAAAUCGCAAUGAGUGAAAAGGGUGUCGAAAUUAAGAAGAGCCUAAUCAGGAGCAAGCAGAAACUGAACUAUGAUACGGUGGAGGAUUUCCUGGACGAAGUGUACGGAAUACUGCAGCAGAGCAAUAACAAUAUAAAAGAAAUGGAACAAGAUAUUUUAGUGAGGGGGGAUCUCCCAUUAAGCUGUUUCCCCUUUGUUGCAAAUUUUGAAGCAGCAUGCGAAAGGUAUAAUCUGAGUACAAAAUUGGGAAGCGACAUUUUUCGACUAUUCCUGUUAUCCAAAAUGCUGAAGGAGAAGAGUGGACGGAAGAGCGUCAACUCCAAGCCGUCUUUGUUAUUUUUGUUUAAUGAAGCAGAGACUGGUAGUUCCUGUGCGCGAGAUAGGGGUGUGCCUAUCGGGGUGGAAGAACUGGAGGAGUGUUAUUCGGAGGGAGGAGACAACCAUAGUGGCAAUCUUAGUAACCAUUCUAACGGUGAUGCACUUAACGAACGGAUGGAGACCUUCCUAAAGAAGAGAAAUGUGCAAGCCCUGCUGGAGGAAAGUGACGUGGAGAAUAUUUGCGUGGAAAAAGUGGAAUACAAAGCAAAGAGCCACAUGCUAAUAGAAGAAAUGAUGAUUUUAACAAAUUUUUUAGUAGCCAAUAAAAUUAGCCAAAGUGGAAAAUUGGGAAUUUUAAGAAUACAUGAAAAUACCUCCGAGGAGAUAAAAAACAAUCUCCUUCACAUUAUUGACCAUAACACGUACAGCCGAAUUGAUGCCAUGAUUGACAUAAAAAGGAGCAGCAUCAACGAUAUUUUAAACGUUUGCGAAAGAAUUUUGGACAAUAAUCAACUGACGUGCAUGCAAUACAACAUAUUGAAGCAUUAUAAGGAGGCCAUAUACAUCCCCUACACAGAAGGGGAGAAGAAGGCACAUCAUUUCGGCUUGGCACUGAGCAAAUAUAUUCAUUUCACCUCCCCUAUAAGGAGAUAUAUUGAUAUUAUUACACACAGAAUUUUAGGUACUAUUGUGGAAAACGACGAGCAGGGGUUAAAUUACAGCUACGAGGACUUGAAGAGAAUUUGCGACCAAUGCAAUGUUCAGAAAAAAAAAACAGACGAGGCUCAGAUUCAUUUGAAGAAUGUCCUCCUUAAUAGGUACCUCGUAUAUUUGAACGAAGCCUACAAAAGGGAGAAGCGACUGGUGGGAAAUGCGCCUAAUGCACCUAAGGCGGCUGCCAAGGGUGGGGACAAUUUGAGUUCGAAAGAUGUAUCACUUUGUGAGCUUCACCCAGAGGAGGGAACAACAACCCCCCAUGAUAACACUACACAGUGCAUCACUCGUGCUGAAAAAAAGAUGCACCCAGUUGACCAGCCGAAGGUGAAAGAAACGGAUGACACUACCCAUAAAGGAAAUGAACUGGACGAAUCCAGUCAACCUAUUAAGAAGUACUUCUACAGGAGGGAUGGUCUUAUAUGCUUCCCAACAGAAGCCUACAUUCAAGAAAUAGUGAUAACGAAAAGCGCAAAGGAAAAUAUUUGCCUGAAUAUACUAUUUAAGAAUUAUAUUGAUGUGGAUAGAAUGGACGAACCUGAUGAGGAGUAUACAUGGAAGACGUACACAUCCUACACGUUGAGCUCAUCCAAGGGAAGUAACCCUAUGAGUAGCUACCCCAUGGAAAAGAGCACUUUGAUCACGGACCGCGUGAAGCUCAUAAAUGAAACGACAGACGAAAUGACCACCGCCAAUCACAAUAGAGAAGAAAACGCCAAGUGCAAAUUUAAAAAAAGCCCAAUUGAAAAUAGCAAAUUGAAAAACGCAGUCGUCUUUUAUGUACCCUUGCUAGAAACAGAAAAGUCAAUCAGUGACAGUUUGCUGAAUCUGACGUUUGAAUUUAUUUCUCUAUCCUAUGAGGAAAGUACCUUUGUGUAUGAUUUAUCGAGAGGGGUUCUGUACAGGGUGGGCGGAAGUGCGACUUCCAUGAAUGGGGCGCCCAGCAGUGGGGCUCUGGAGGGGGCCUCGAAAGAGGAAGAGCAAAUAACGGAAGAGCAAUCAACGGAAGAGCUGACAGAGGAGCGCCCAGUGCAAAACAGAGCAACCCUGCAUAUCCCCAAUAUCCUCAAAAAAAUAAACAACCCCCAAUUUAGCGUUAAGUACGAGGUACUAAAACUGGAUGAGAAAAAGGCCUUUGAAAAAAUUUACGACUUUCUGUACAUCCAUGACGUUUUCUUCAAGCGGGUUGAAGAAGCCAAAUCGAAAGGGAGUCCCAACCUGGGUCUGCACCAUGAGAGUUCUUCUACCGAUGAAAAUAAUAAAGGGGAUGUUCGUCCGAUGGGGAACCCUGCUCGUUUCGAUGGGGAAAAAAGCGAAAGGAAUGAAGCAUCGAAUGGAGAUGUAAGAAGGGAGUGCGCUGAGGAAGGGCCUACGGAGGAGUAUGAAACGAUAAGCAGGUUUCAGAAGAAGGAAAUUCUGAUUGUUCCCGGAUCCCAGGUGUGGACCUUGCGCUUGGCAUGA